GCAGCUGCUCUGGAGUGGAAUCCCACUGAACGAAGCGACGCUGCUGUCCACACGCUGCUUUGCUGCUGGCCUCUCUCUGAAAGGGUUUGGUUCCUGGGCAUGGUCUGCACAUGCAAUGCAAUGCAGCACUGACCUUGGGUCUUUUGAGGGUGUGCAAGCUGUGUCUGUGUCCUUUAAUAUUAUAGCUGAAGGCGUAACAUUCCACCAUUAGUUGCUGCUGCAUGUUUUGCAAAAAAAAAAAAAAAAAAAGCAACAAAAUCCGUUUGUUUUUUCAGUUUGUUGAGGUGGUCGUGUAAUCUUUGCAAUCUAAAUUAAGCAUUCUGUACAUCUAAGGGGAGAUUCUACCGAAGAAGCAACAUGAUAUAUGCUUUACAGUGCAGUGCACUGAACACUGCAGGUGUGUCAAAAAAAUAAAAGUCCUUAAAACAAGGCGUCGUUUACCUGUAUUAUGUAUGCGUUCUCGGUUUUAUAAUCUGUUACAACACCGACGAGCCGUGUUACAUACUAACACUGCACACCUCGCCCUCUGCCGGCUGUCAGCCGCCACUGCAGCCCUUCAAAUCCACUGUACUCUCCGCUCUCUCACUCUCCGGCUCGCAUUAGCUAGAAGAUGGCGGACUGCACCUCACUGUUGGAUGAAGAGCUCUCUUCCUUCGUCUUCAAUUACUUGACAGAAAACACCGGGAGCCAGUUCGGAGAGAAGGAAGCCUGCACUGACCGCCUGGACGCUGAUUUCCCUGAGAUCGACUUCUUCCGCCUGGACUCCAGCGAUUUCGAUUCUGCCAACUGCCUCAGCGAGCUGCAAUGGUGCCACGACCAAUCAGCAGCCUCCUCUGCCUCGAGCCAGUUCAGCGUGGGCGACUCAGAGCUCUUUGAGACAGAAGAGGAGAAUGCUGCGCUGCUGGCUGCCCUCACAGACAGUCUGGAUGGGAUGGUAGUGGACGAGGUGGGGGGGCUGUCUGUGUUCCCCUCGCUUGGGGAGGUUGCUGAGGGGCAGGAGAAGGAGGAGGAGGAGGAGGAGGACCCCAACUUAGAAGAAAGUCACCCAUUCCCAGCCCCCCCCAGCCCAGAGACUGAAGACCUGUCUCUACUCAAGAAGCUCCUACUCUCCCCCGCCAACGUGCCUGUCAGUUAUGAAACGCACAAACAAGGCAGCAUCCAUCGUCAUAGCAACGGGAUCCACAAGUCUAAAUCCCAGCGGCCUUCAGUCAAGUGUCUGAGCGGCUUGGACAGAAAGCCCAGAGGAUUCCUCCCCCCCAGUCGCAAGUGCUCAGAGCUGCAUCGGCACCUGACCUGCGCCCCUGAGACCGAGGACAGUGAGGAGGAGAGCGGCUCCGAGGAGGACUCCUCCAGUGAGGCCGAGGCCCCCGCUCCGCCCGCCCCCCCACAGUACUCCUCGCCAGAGGAGCUGCGCUCGGUGGUGGAUCUCAUCAGGUACAUGCACACCUACUGCCUUCCCGUCCGCAAGCACCCUGGCUCGGACAGGAGGGAGCGCGAGUGCCCAGGCUCCGUGCGGAGAGCCAGGCUGGACUGCCCCUUGCCGAGUGUCAAGGCAGCCCCUCAGACAGACAGCUGCGAGCGCACGCGGGGCAUGUUUGUGCGCAAGAGAGAGUUGAAGGGGCAUUCGCUACUCAGGGAGCUCUUAGAGUCAGCCUCCUGCUACGACGUGAGCAAGCCUUACAGGAUCCGCAGCCCUCCCUACAUCGCCUCCUGCUCUCCCAAAGGGACUCUGCCCUGGCCCCCUGUGACGAAGGAACAGGACUGCAAGGUCAAACCGGAACCAGUGAAUGUUGUUCCGAGAGCCACGGAGACGGAGACGACUCCAGAUUGUACCCAGGGGCCUGCAGCGUCAGAGCCGGGAAGGAAAGUAGAAGGGGCCUCCUUUUCUGUGAGGCGCUCCAGGAGACUGGCCUCAUGCCCCGGGCGCUUCGCCAAGAAGCCCAGGGGGGGAGGAGCAUGGAGGGUGAAGGCGGAGCCAAUGCCUGGCCUGGGGGAGGGAAAAGAGGUGGGGUCUACAAAGCCCUGCCCAGCAGAAAGACCCAGCCAAAGCACCUGCUUCAAGAAGGAAUUGGAAAAGUCAGCAGUGAUCAACUCAUCGGCAGCUCAAAAUGACAAACGUGCCUGCCUGACCCUUCCUCUGGCUCCCAAGCCCCAAGGUGAUAACAAGCCCUUUGAACAGACACUGAGAGUGGAGCUGUGUGGAACAGCAGGGCUCACACCUCCCACCACACCUCCACACAAACCACUUGAGGAGGACCUCUUCAAGCCGGAGGUCAAAGGGGAGUCCCCCCCGAAAGGAUCCUGCCUGCCUGCGGGGGGAGGGGGGAGACCAGCCUCACGGAAGACGCUGGAACAGACAGAGCUGUACGCGCAACUGCGUAAAGAGGGCAAGGCGGGCGAAGAAGUGGCGAGCCAGGGGGGCAGGAGAACCGUCCAGCGCACCUUCGGGGACCACGACUACUGCCUGCAGAGCGUGCCGGGGGAGCGCCGCAAGAAGCCGUCGCCCCCUGUCUGCCAGGAGGAGGAAGAGCACGCGGUCAGCGCCAGGCUGAGGCGACACUUCGGCCCACCACGCGACGAGCGGCUCUUCUCCAAGGUGCCGGAGUACCUGCGGUGGCCAGACAGCGAGGGGGAGGGCUCCCCGCGGUCCCGAUCCGGGUCACCCCUGGCCUUAGCCCCCCGUAACUCCGGGGAGUCCCCAGAGCGCUCGUCACGCCCCCCCACUCCAGGGCGACCCGCCUCCUGCACCCCGUGCUGUCGUUCCAGAUCUCCAAGCGGGCGUCAGAGCUUCAGCUGUGAGAAUUCGGAGACGUGUCACAAGGAGAAACAAAGAAAUAAAAGCAGUGAUGAUUGUCGCGUGUUGUGCAUUCACCACCUCCCGAACAGAGUCACCCAGCCAAUGCUUCGGCGACGCUUUGAGUCAUUCGGAGAGCUGGAGGACUGCAGAAUCGUCAUGAAGAACAAUGAAAGGUGUGGCCUCAUUACCUACAAGCAGACUGGCUCCACCCCCCCAGACUGGACGAAUGAGCAGGCGCCUCGGAAGAGACGAGAGCCCGCCCCCCAGAUUACCAUUGGAGGUCUGCGGAGGUUCUGCAGGAAGCCCUACAUCGACCUGGACGAUGGUGGCCUGGGCCCAGUGAAGAGCAAGUAUGAUGCCGUGGACUUCGACACCCUGCUGAAAGAGGCGCAGAAGAGCCUGCAUCGCUGACAAGCCUUAACUCUACAGGGACAUGCCUCCGUACCUCAACCAGGGCAACUCCUUAUGUUUACCUUUUUAACAUUGGAAGAGGAAGAAGAAGAAGAAAAAUACCUUGUCUCUUUUUAAAAAAAAAAAAAAAAGUUUACAUUGAACAGAAACUGCUUCCUGUGUGUGUGUGUGUGUUCACAACAUGAACACCCCCCCCCCACCCCACAAGAAAGGGGCAGGGCUGUGUAGCAAUAGUGUUUCCCCCGUUGGUCGUUGUGAUGUGCGUGUGCGUGUGUGUCUAUUUUAGUAUCCACUGGGGGGGAAGGGGUGUGAGAUUCGCAGCUGAAUUCUCCAAUUAGUCAUCUAGCAACUGCUUUAACAUAGCCUGAAUCGUUGGAUGUAAACUGUGUGCAUUCGUACAAAACAAACAAACAAACAAAACGGAAUGGUUUACACUCAUACAAAAUCAACUUGUUUUGUAAAUGUUAGUGCUUCCUCUGUGUCAUCUAUGCACUUUGAAUGAGGUGAUGAUCUUUCUGCCCCCCCCCCCCCCCCCCCUUCCUUCAGCGUCUGCUGGUUUCUGUGGAGGAAGCAGGAUUGAGGUAUGGGAGCAAGAGUGAAUUUAAUUGGCUAAUGCUGCCUGGAACUGCAGAGAACUUCCUGUGCACACUGUACUGCUCCACUGUAAGUGCCACCAUGCUGUGAAUGUUCCACACCCUGCUAGAGAGCUCUCCUGACAGAGGAGGCCUGCUGUAUGACAGGAGGCUCCUGGGUUUCUGUUGAGAUCCCCGAAAGAAGGAAGCAUGUUUCAGUGUCUUGCCUGUGUGGCGGUGCUUUGCCUCUUGGAUGUGACAGAAAUAAACUUCUUUCUAAAGAGCCGAGCAGAUUUUUGCAUUCAGAGGCUUUGACGGAGAAUCCAGCAUCCUCGUGCAGCUGAGUAAUCAGAGGGGGGUUCUUCUACCUCAUGUGACAUUUCUUUUCUCUCUCCCUUUCAAAGGCGGGGGGGACAAUCUGAGCCAUCCUCGAAAGCACUUGUGGCUCUAUAUAUACCAUUGUUCCAUGUUUCUCUUUUUAGCCUUCUGUAAGGAGAGAUCUGUAUCUGCGUCUGGUCCCUGUCUGGUCCCUGUCUCGUCUCUGUGGUGUAAUUGUCGUGGGAAGCAAGCCCUAAGGCUUGCGAUUGAGACGUCUGGAUAACCAGUCUCUUUCUGUCUCUGUGUCUGGUUCUUGCCCCUGCCCUAGCCGGGGGUGGGGUGGGGUGGGGUAGGGGGUGGAUGUGGAUAGUAUUUUUUUUUCCUAUCCACCUCCCCUCCUCUCCCCACUUCAGAUUUUGCUUCUCUUUCUACACAGUAAAAUGUUUACAUCACUUGAUUCUCCUUCUAAUUUAUUAGAACGCAAACUAAGUACAACAGAAAAAAACAGCCUUAUUCAGUAUUCAACCAAUGCUCUGAAAGGACCAGCCUGUCUGGGCUUUUCCUGGCAUUGAGCUGUGAUUCUCUUAGUGUUGUACAUACUGUACCUGCGUUAACCUUACUGAUCGCGUGCGGUCCUGAAUGAGUUUCUGUACUUAGUAUGUGUACUACUAAAUCAUGAGAGAAUGUGCUGGUUUACAUCAUUAAUCUUGUUAUAUUGGCUUCUCUAUGGUGUGUGUGUGUGUGUGUGUGUGUGUGUGUGUGUAUAUAUAUAUAUAUAUAUAUAUAUAUAUAUAUAUAUAUAUAUAUAUAUAUAUAUAUA